AUGCCUUACUUCUCCCGGACCUCAAGCUUCAAGAAGGACCCAGCUCCCAAGGAUGUUCGCAUCAUCCACUCCUCUGGCCAGAGUUUUGAGCAGCUGAGGCAAGAAUCCCUACAGAGGGGCAUCUUGUUUGAGGACGCAGACUUCCCAGCCAACAUCUCCUCUCUUUUCUACAGUGAGAGGCCCCAGAUCCCCUUCAUAUGGAAAAGACCAGGGGAAAUAGUAAAAAAUCCAGAAUUCAUUCUUGGAGGGGCAACCAGAACUGAUAUCUGCCAGGGAGAGCUUGGUGAUUGCUGGCUAUUGGCUGCCAUCGCCUCCCUUACACUUAAUGAAAAGGCUCUGGCUAGAGUUGUUCCCCAAGACCAAAGCUUUGGUCCUGGUUAUGCAGGAAUAUUCCAUUUCCAGUUCUGGAACUAUAGUGAGUGGUUGGAUGUGGUGAUCGAUGAGCCGGACUACCCCACCUUCAGAGAUCGUUUAAUCUUCCUCCAUUCUGCUGAUCUUAAUGAGUUCUGGAGUGCCUUGCUGGAAAAGGCCUAUGCCAAGCUAAAUGGGAGCUAUGAGGCUCUGAAAGGGGGCAGCACCAUUGAGGCUAUGGAAGACUUCACUGGGGGCGUGGCUGAGACCUUCACAACUAAAGAAACUCCAAACAACUUCUAUGAGAUUCUGGAGAAGGCCUUGCAGAGGGGCUCCCUCGUGGGCUGUUCUAUUGAUAUCAAAUAUGCUGCAGAAUCUGAAGCCAGGACACCUUUUGGUCUUAUUAAGGGUCAUGCCUACACUGUGACAGGAAUUGACCAGGUAAGCUUUCAAGGUCAGAAAAUUGAACUCAUCAGAAUCCGGAACCCUUGGGGCCAGGUCGAAUGGAAUGGGUCUUGGAGUGACAGCUCUUGUGAGUGGAGUUCUGUUGACCCAGUUGAGCAGAAGCGGCUGUGUCACACUGCUCUGGAUGAUGGAGAAUUCUGGAUGGCAUUUAAGGACUUCAAGAACCACUUUGACAAAGUUGACAUAUGCAACCUCACUCCUGAUGCCUUGGAAGAAGAUGCCCUCCACAAGUGGGAAGUGACAGUCCACCAAGGAAGCUGGGUCCGGGGAUCCACAGCUGGGGGCUGCCGAAAUUUUCUGGAUACCUUUUGGACUAAUCCACAAAUAAAAUUGUCCCUGACUGAAAAAGAUGAGGACCACGAGGAGUGCUCUUUUCUUGUAGCUCUGAUGCAGAAAGAUCGAAGGAAACUCAAGAGAUUUGGUGCCAAUGUGCUGACUAUUGGCUAUGCAAUUUACCAGAGUCCUGGCAAAGAUGAACACCUAAACAAAGACUUCUUCAGAUACCAUGCUUCACAAGCCAGAAGCAAAUCCUUCAUCAACCUGAGAGAAGUAUCUGGCCGGUUUAAACUGCCCCCAGGGGAAUACAUCCUGAUUCCCAGCACUUUUGAGCCUCAUCAGGAAGCUGAUUUCUGCCUGAGGAUCUUUUCAGAGAAGAAAGCCAUUACCCAGGACAUGGAUGGAAAUGUGAACAUUGACAUUCCUGAGCUUCAGAAGCCAACUGCACCUGGCCAGGAGACUGAAGAGGAGCAGCAGUUUCGGGCCCUGUUCAAACAAAUUGCUGGUGAGGACUUGGAAGUGACAGCAGAGGAACUUGAAUAUGUUUUAAAUUCUGUGCUACAAAAGAAGAAGAAUAUCCAAUUCAAGAAGUUAAGCCUGAUUUCAUGUAAAAACAUCAUUUCUCUAAUGGAUACCAAUGGCAAUGGGAAGCUAGAGUUUGAUGAAUUCAAAGUAUUCUGGGACAAACUAAAGAAAUGGAUCAACCUUUUCCUCCAAUUUGAUACUGACAAAUCUGGUACCAUGUCCUCCUAUGAGCUGCGAACUGCCCUGAAUGCUGCAGGCUUCCAACUGAGCAGUCACCUCCUACAGCUGAUUGUCCUCAGGUAUGUGGACCAAGAACUCCAAAUGGGCUUUGAUGACUUCCUCAACUGCCUAGUCCGACUGGAGAAUGCAAGCAGGGUUUUCCAAGCUCUCAGUACCAAGAACAAGGAAUUCAUUCAUCUCAACAUAAAUGAGUUUAUCAACUUGACAAUGAACAUUUGAUGUCUUCCUGAUGGUGCAGUCCGUCCAGCUAAGUGUUGAUUUUUGGACAAACAACUUCUGAGUAUACCCUGUUCUGGUAGCCAUGGCUUGCUCCUCUUCUGUUGUGCAGC